UAUAUGUGUGUAUGCAUUAUGUGUGUAUGUGUGCAGUAUGUGUGUAUGUACAUGUGUGUGGUGUAUAUGUAUUUGUGGUCUAUGUGUGUGUAUACAGUAUGCAUAUGUGUGGUGUGGGGGUGUGUGUGACAGCAGCCAGCAUCUCUAGGCGUAUGAGGUUUGUAUCCUGAUGAAUAUAGGGAGUCUACCACACUUUGUGCUGGAGUUGGGGAACUGCUCCUCUUGGCCGAUGAGGACCAGGAGGAAACAGGGUGCCUUUUGAGGCAGAUCCACAACUGUGUCUUGUUGGAACUUCAUUGGUGAGCUAGUCAGGGUCAUGCAGCAAUUUGGGGCAGGAACCAGGUGGCAGGUUUGCCCUGAUGGGUUGUGUGAGUUUGGGAUAGGUCUGGCCUUCUCUGGGCCUUGCCCUUUCUAGGCUGUUCCUGUCAUUGAUUGGGCCUGUGGGGCUAAUGUUCCUUGAUUGGUGGUUGAACCGGUCUGGACGCUGUGGCCCUAGGCCCUGUUCCAGAAAUACACCUGUCACUGACCGGUAAGGCACAACAACGCCUGUAAGAUCUGGGCUGUGGUCUAGUGCCAGGGGACAUCCCUACUUCACUGCCUCAGGAACAUUUCAGGGACAUCGUGUCUGUCUCUAAAGUCACAGAGGGACUUAGCAGGGGCUCUCUGGAAGGGCUCACCGGUGGCCUCUGCCCUCUGGAGGGAACUGAAUCUGAGAAAGGGGAGCCCCUUUCCCAGACUCUUAGCACCUCCCACCUCCCUGCUCAGGGCCCUCCUGGGGCUGCAUGAACUUUAGCCACCUGGGGACAAGCCUCAUGGCAGCGCCUCCUUGCUGCUGUGACGUCAAUAUUGACCAUCCUCCCAGUCUGGCUGGACCUCUUGCAGAGGAGUCCCUAUUCCACACCCCACUCAGAAGACUCCAGCCGCCCUUCUGGGAUCUAGGCACCCCUUAGCUGACCUCUUGCCUCUCUGGGAUUAGCACUAGGGAGGUUGAGACAGGAAGCGAAAUGGCUGGGCGGAGAAAGGACUAUAAGGCUGGAGGAGACAGGAACUCAGAGCCUUUCUGCUGAGGAUUCAGAGGCAUUCGGUCUGAGAAUUCGUGGAGACAGGAUCGGCUGAGGUGUUGGCGAGGAGUACCAGGAGGUGGCCUGCUCCGGGGGUUUCAGGGAAGACUGACUGUAGGUUUCUGUGGAGUGUGGGGAGCUCCUGCUUGUCUAUACAGCUGUUUUUCGGGAGCCACCUCCCCAGGGAAGGUGCGGAGCUCCUACUGGACGAACCAUGAAGAAUCGGUUUGUGAUGCUGGGCCUGGUGGCCGUGGUUCUGGUAUUCGUCAUCAUUGGCCUCUGCAUCUGGCUGCCCUACACUUCUAGGAAGCCCGACCAUGUGUACACCAGGGCAGCCGUGGCCACGGACGCGAAGCGCUGCUCAGAGAUUGGCCGGGACGUGCUGCAGGAGGGUGGCUCCGCGGUGGAUGCAGCCAUUGCAAGCCUGCUGUGUAUGGGGCUCAUGAAUGCCCACAGUAUGGGCAUCGGGGGCGGCCUGUUCUUCACCAUCUACAACAGCACCACGCGGAAAGCUGAGGUUAUCAAUGCCCGUGAGGUGGCUCCCAGGCUGGCCAAUGCCAGCAUGUUCAACAACUCGAAGGACUCUGAAGAAGGUGGCCUUUCGGUGGCAGUUCCUGGUGAAAUCAGUGGCUACCAGCUGGCACACCAGCGGCAUGGACGACUACCCUGGGCUCGCCUCUUCCAGCCCAGCAUUGAGCUGGCCCGCUACGGCUUCCCUGUGGGCAAGGGCCUGGCAAUGGCCCUGGACAGAAAACGGGACAUCGUUGAACAGACACCUGCCUUGUGCGAGGUCUUCUGCCGUCAAGGGAAGGUGCUUCAGGAGGGCGAGACAGUGACUAUGCCCAGGCUGGCCGAUACGUUGCAGGUACUGGCCCAGGAAGGUGCCCAGGCCUUCUACAACGGGAGCCUCACAGCCCAGAUUGUGAAGGACAUCCAGGAGGCUGGAGGCAUCAUGACGGUCCAGGACCUGAAUGACUACCGUGCGGAGCUGAUUGAGCACCCGAUGAGCAUCAGCCUUGGGGACUCGACACUGUAUGUGCCCAGUGCCCCACUCAGCGGGCCAGUGCUGGUUCUCAUCCUGAACAUCCUCAAAGGAUACAACUUCUCUCCAAAGAGUGUGGCAACCCCUGAAGAGAAGGCGCUGACGUAUCACCGUAUCGUGGAGGCCUUCCGGUUUGCCUAUGCCAAGAGGACCAUGCUUGGCGACCCAAAGUUUGUCGAUGUGUCUCAGGUGAUCCGCAACAUGAGCUCUGAGUUCUUCGCCACUCAGCUUCGCCGCAUCUCUGACGGAACCACUCAUCCGACCUCCUACUAUGAGCCUGAGUUCUACCUUCCCGAUGAUGGGGGCACUGCUCACCUGUCCGUGGUUGCGGAGGAUGGCAGUGCCGUGUCUGCUACGAGCACCAUCAACCUCUAUUUCGGCUCCAAGGUCCUUUCUCGGGUCAGCGGUAUCCUGUUUAACGACGAGAUGGACGACUUCAGCUCACCCAACUUCGUCAACCAGUUUGGGGUAUCCCCCUCACCAGCCAACUUCAUCAAGCCAGGGAAGCAACCACUUUCAUCCAUGUGCCCCACAAUCAUUGUGGAUAAGGAUGGCAAGGUCCAGAUGGUAGUGGGAGCGUCGGGAGGCACACAGAUCACCACAUCCACCGCACUGGCCAUCAUCAACAACCUGUGGUUUGGCUACGAUGUGAAGAGAGCGGUGGAGGAGCCCCGCCUACACAACCAGCUUUUGCCCAAUACCACAACAAUCGAGAAAAACAUCGAUCAGGUGGUGGCUGCAGGCCUGAAGACUCGGAACCAUUACACAGAGGUCACCAACACCUUCAUUGCUGUGGUUCAGGCCGUUGUUCAAACAUCCAGUGGUUGGGCAGCUGCCUCAGACUCCAGGAAAGGCGGGGAGCCAGCUGGCUACUGAGUGCUCAGAAGGGGCAAGACCAACCUGUAAUCCAGGAUGAGAUACAGACCAGGAACAAGAGUGGGACUUUGGAGGACAUGCUGCUCCUGAGUGGGACAGGGCAGCACAAUAAAUGGGCUCAACUGCCAAGCUCCAGGAAGUCUUGCUGGUUGGACUUCCCAUAUCUUGGA